AUGAUGAUCCGCGUGAACCGACUCCUAGAGCAGAUGGUGCAGACGGGAGGCCGUUGUGAGCCGCCUCUAAACGUCGCCCGUCCCUCGCAGUGUUGGUGCCCAGGGGCAGCUGUGAACUGCAAUAGCAAAAGCCUCGCGUCUGUGCCUGCGGGAAUCCCCAGCAACGCGCAGUCUCUGUCUUUGCAAGUCAAUCAGAUCACGAAGCUCGAGCCCGGGGUGUUUGACCACCUGACGAAUCUGCAAGAAUUAUAUCUGGGGUGGAACCAGCUGUCAGCUCUGCCUGUUGGGGUGUUUGACAAACUGACCCAGCUCACUCAUCUGUCUCUGGACGUCAAUCAACUGAAGAGCGUUCCCAGGGGUAGAAUGUAUGACAGCCUGGGGAAUCUCAAGGAGCUUUCAUUUCAAAAUAACCAGCUGCAGGCUCUACCCGCUGGACUGUUUGACUGCCUGGUGAAUCUGAAGAAGCUGCGACUGGACUAUCACCAACUGCAGGCGAUACCGCCCACUCUGUUUGACCGAUUGACUGAACUGACACAUCUGGAGCUGGACAAUAACCAACUGAAGUCUCUCCCGCCUGGGAUCUUUGACAAACUGGGGAAGCUGACGUAUCUGGAGCUGGAAAAUAACCAGCUGACGACCGUUCCCGCUGGGGUGUUUGGCUGCCUAGUGUAA